AUGGCCCAGAAAUUAGCCAAAAGCAGGAAGAAGGCUCCAGAAGGCGAAUCUCAACCCAUGACUGAAGUGGACCUGUUCAUUUCUACACAGAGAAUAAAAGUACUGAAUGCAGACACACAGGAAACGAUGAUGGAUCAUCCUCUGCGGACCAUUUCUUACAUUGCGGAUAUAGGAAAUAUAGUUGUUUUGAUGGCUCGCAGGCGAAUGCCACGGUCUAACUCCCAGGAUAAUGUGGAAGCAUCUCACCCUUCCCAAGAUGGAAAGAGGCAGUACAAAAUGAUUUGCCAUGUCUUUGAGUCUGAGGAUGCACAGCUGAUUGCACAGUCCAUAGGUCAAGCAUUUAGUGUGGCCUACCAGGAAUUUCUGAGGGCAAAUGGAAUCAACCCAGAAGACCUUAGCCAGAAGGAAUAUAGCGACUUGCUCAAUACCCAGGACAUGUACAAUGAUGACCUGAUUCACUUCUCCAAAUCUGAAAACUGCAAAGAUGUUUACAUUGAAAAACAAAAGGGAGAAAUCCUAGGUGUAGUUAUUGUGGAGUCUGGCUGGGGAUCCAUUUUGCCUACAGUUAUCAUAGCCAACAUGAUGCAUGGAGGACCAGCUGAGAAGUCUGGGAAGCUGAACAUAGGGGACCAGAUCAUGUCAAUCAAUGGGACCAGUUUGGUUGGUUUACCACUCUCAACAUGUCAGAGCAUUAUAAAGGGUUUGAAAAACCAGGCCCGGGUUAAACUGAACAUAGUUAGGUGUCCUCCAGUAACCACAGUCCUGAUCAGGAGACCAGACCUCAGAUAUCAGUUGGGCUUCAGUGUGCAGAAUGGGAUUAUCUGUAGCCUUAUGAGAGGAGGUAUAGCAGAGCGAGGAGGUGUGCGUGUUGGCCAUCGGAUCAUUGAAAUCAAUGGACAGAGUGUUGUAGCAACACCCCAUGAGAAAAUUGUUCACAUUCUCUCAAAUGCUGUUGGUGAGAUUCAUAUGAAGACUAUGCCAGCCGCCAUGUACAGACUGUUGACUGCACAAGAGCAACCAGUUUACAUCUAA